UGGUGUUUUCCGAGGGGGUCGUGAAGGCGGCAUCAGUCUCCUGGAUCCUGGGUGUGUGCGGGCAGUCCAGUUCAGAGACUGAGAGAGAAAACACCAGCAACAUCUCAACGUGAGCCCAGCGGUGCCUGUCAUCGUGCUUGUUACUCCUUCUCCAGCGAACGGGCUGAGAAUGGCAAACUACGCGAGCUAGUUUCUGAAGAGGACGCAAAUUCAAGGGGAACUGUGCUAAAACUGCCAGGUUGAGUCAUUAGUUGCACCAUUUACCUGCAAAAAAGGACCAGGGGCACAGUGGAAAUGCAGACUUUCCUGAAAGGCCGGAGAGUCGGCUACUGGCUCAGCGAGAAGAAGAUGAAGAAACUGAAUUUCCAGGCCUUUGCUGAUCUGUGCAGGAAAAGAGGAAUAGAAGUUGUUCAGCUGGACCUCAGCCAGCCUCUAGAGGACCAUGGACCCCUGGAUGUCAUCAUCCACAAACUGACUGACCUUAUCCUUGAGGCUGACCAGAAUGAUUCACAGGCUGUACUGUUGGUACAAAGAGUACAGGACUACAUUGAUGCCCAUCCUGAAACUAUCAUCCUGGAUCCACUUCCAGCUAUCCGAACUCUGCUGGAUCGCUGCAAAUCCUACCAGCUCAUCCACAGAUUAGAAAGCUGUAUGCGAGAUGAGAGGAUUUGCUCUCCUCCAUUCAUGGUCCUCAACACUGAGUGCAGCCCAGACGUGCUGGAGCAAAUCAAGAGGCAAGGACUCUCAUUCCCCUUCAUUUGCAAAACACGGGUGGCUCAUGGCACCAACUCCCAUGAGAUGGCCAUUAUCUUCAGUGAAGAGGACCUGAAGGAUGUGAAGCCUCCUUGUGUGAUUCAGAGUUUCAUCAACCAUAACGCAGUGCUUUACAAAGUGUUCGUGGUGGGAGACUCCUACACUGUAGUGGAGAGACCUUCCCUUAAGAACUUCCCUGCUGGACCUGCAGACAGGAGAGCCAUUUUCUUCAACAGCCACAAUGUUUCCAAACCAGAGUCGUCCUCAGACUUGACCUCGAGAGAGAACGUGGAGGGAGUGUCUCAGCCACCCAGUGAUGAUGUCAUCAGAGAAUUGUCCAGGUCAUUGCGAGAAGCACUGGGCGUGUCCCUGUUUGGCAUCGAUGUAAUCAUCAACAAUCAAACAGGCCAGCACGCCGUCAUUGACAUCAAUGCAUUCCCAGGUUACGAGGGCGUCCCCGAGUUUUUCAACGACCUCCUUAACCACAUCAGCAGCGUGCUUCAGAGCCACAACCCUGACUUUCCUCCUGCCGGCGAACAGCCCAAAAGCCUCCCGGUGAGCACCACGGUACCCAACACUGCCCCGCCAGCCCCGGGCUGCUGCAGCAUGCUGGGAAAAGAGCUGCAGAGACUGGGCUGCAACUCUGCUAUGUCACCCAACUUCCAGCAGCACUGUGUCUCCACGAUAGCUACCAAGGCUUCCUCCCAGUGACUGACUUUCUUUUUUUUCUUUUAUUUUCUUUCUCUCCCAUCCCCUUACCUCCCUAUUUGAUCCCUGAACAAAUAACGGAUGACAGUGGUGAUAAUAAUAAUAAUUAAUAAUCAUAGUAAAUAUGAUGUUAAUGAUGAUAAUAUAUCUAAUCGAGACACAAACCUUUUUCCUAUAUAGUUAUUGGAAAUAAUGGUGAUUGGAUGUAAGCUUUUUUUCCCCUCUGCCUUUUUUUCUCUCCUCGUUUUGUCUAAUGAGACUUUAACAGUACUGUAAUGUGAGCUUUGGGAACUUUUGUCUAAUAGCUGAUUUUAUUUUUCUCUCUCUUGCGUGAGGUCUCUGUGAUGAAAGGGUCCAGAAGAGGUAACUAAUUAGAAUGGCCGAAUCAGGACUGGAGAAUGAUGUGCCACUAAAUGUGCAAUGUAUGAUCCCUUGUAUCUCUCUCUCACUCACUUACACACAGGCACAUUUACACUGUGGCCAACUGUGCCAGUGAUGUGUGUUUGUAUUCUGGUCAAUACCACUGAGUGCUACGUGCAAGGGCGUAGAGAGAGGAGGCGUUUGGGCAUUUGAACACUACUCCACAGAUCCCAGGUUGCUAUGUGACUGUGGCCAAUCGACUGCAGAGAGUGAUGAGAUUGUUUUAUUGGUUUAAACAGACAGGGGAGCAGUGUUUUGUUUUUUUUCUUUCCCGAGUGCCAUUAAAUAUAAUUUGAGUGUAGGAGGAGAAAAGAAAAAGAGCAUUAUUUUUCAAAUCUUAAGAGGAUAAAAUCUCCAUGACCAUGUGACCAAGUUUCUUUUCGUAAUGAUUGUUAUGGUGUGUGGGUGGGGGUGUUUUUCUGUGUGUUAGAUAAACAAACUACAUCCUUUUUGAGUCGCAGUUUGAGUCGCUCCAGUGCAGGAAGAUGAGGAUCACAUUCCCAUGUUAUCUGUCUGUGGAUGUUUUCCGAGAAAUUCCAUGAUUUUUCAGAAUUCCAGUGGGGGUUGUAGUCUCCUUAAACCGACUCCCCAAGUGUCUUCACUGCUUGUAUCUGUCACGCGAGCAAACUGAGGCAAACUUGACCGACGGACAGACUUGGGGCUGCUGUAGCUUGUCACUUGGGAUUAAUAAGAAAAUCGUGUGUGUGUGUGUGUGUGUGUGUGUGUGUGUGUGUGUGAGAAUACCCAACUAAAGUGAGUAUUCAUCUGAACAGUCUGAGAUAAUUGAGUUAUUUUUUUCAGCUUUGUCUCUCAGCGCUUCUUCCAGUUAACUAAACCAACAGUCCAAUCCACUCAUGUGCUUCAAACCUUAUUCUCUGACCUGUCUGCUGUUCCAGCUGCUGUAUUUGUCACAUUUUAAGUGAAGGGAGUAGGUGGAGGUCCAGCUGUCGUUCCCAGUGUUCACUGUGAGAUUUUUUUUUUUUUUUUUUUUUUUUUUUUUUUU